AUGGGUUGUAGUCCAAGUGAUUUAGACAAACACGUACUAUCAAACGCUGCAAAGACAUCCAUCGAUUAUAUUGCUGUAGCAAAGCAUGUUUCCAAGCUGAUACCCGAUCAAUCUACCAAAGAUGGUUAUGGUCCUCCAUUUGUUCGUCUUGCAUGGCAUUCAUGUGCGACCUAUUCCGAAAUAGACAACUCUGGCGGUUCUAACGGUGCCUACAUGCGUCUUGAGUUUCCAGAAACGGAUCCUCUGCAUGGUGGACUUGAUCUAGCUCGUAAACGUCUUGAGCCAAUUAAACAAGCAUUCCCUUUCAUUUCAUAUGCCGACUUGUAUGUCCUCUGCGGUGUCGUCGCCAUUUCAGAAAUGGGUGGACCAAAAGUACCUUUUCGACCCGGAAGAGUAGACAUUAAAUUUAAUAAUUUGUUAAUUGUGGAACAGAAAGAGCGUUUUCCGAUACCAGAUGAUUCGAUGGAAAAAAUGCAUGAAAAGUUUAGACGAAUGGGGUUUGGAAAAAAGGAAAUGGUAGCUUUGUUAGGUGCACACUGUUUAGGCAGAUGUUAUAAGGAUCGAAGUGGUUUUGAUGGACCUUGGGUUGAUCAUCCAACAAAGUUUACUAACGAAUUUUUUGAAGAAUUAAUUGAAAACGAAUGGAAAGCUUCGAUUGUACCAGAAACAGGCAAAGAGCAAUUUGAAGCAUAUCCCGAAGGCGAAAAACUGAUGAUGUUACCAACAGAUAUGUACCUUUUGAAAGAUCCGGAGACAAAAGAAUUAGUAGAAAUAUAUGCAAAAGAUGACGAAAAAUUUUUUAAUGACUUUGCAGAAGCGUUUGGAAGAUUAUUAGAAUUUGGGGUGACUGAGAUACCAUUUAUUAUUGAUGGUUUAUUAUGUGUUGAUAAAUUAUAUGUAGAAAAAAUAAUUCAUUAUGCUAAUGACAAAAUGAUGACAAAUUUUCAACGUAUUGAUGAGCUUUCAGAUAACGU